CUAAUUGGUUUCUCAAUGAAAGAUAAUCACCUAUUCCCUGGAGAGGCUGGGGAUUAGCACUCUGCCUCUCCUCUCCAUCGCUUUUAGACUUCUCAUCCUUCCCUCGGUGCGUUUAGUCCAUUCAGCAGAAGUGGAUCGAAGAAAGCGGCUCCCGGCGCGGCAUUAGGGGCAGUACUCUGCUGCGCGCUAGUACUUAGCGACCCAUUCACUCACUUACUCUGCGCUCGCCUCGCCCGGCUGUCGUCUCAGCCACUGCUACUGCUGGAGAAAAAGUUUUGCGGAGGGGCUCAGGGAAAAAAAAAUGAGCGAGCUGGAGGAAGACUUUGCCAAGAUUCUCAUGCUCAAGGAGGAGAGGAUCAAAGAGCUAGAGAAGCGGCUGUCAGAAAAGGAGGAGGAAAUUCAGGAGCUGAAGAGGAAGCUCCACAAAUGCCAGUCGGUGCUGCCAGUGCCCUCGACCCACAUCGGUCCCCGGACCACCCGGGCGCAGGGUAUCUCGGCUGAGCCUCAGACGUACAGGUCCUUCCAUGACCUCCGACAGGCAUUCCGGAAGUUCACCAAAUCCGAAAGGUCCAAGGAUCUCAUCAAGGAAGCCAUCCUUGACAAUGACUUUAUGAAGAAUUUGGAGCUGUCGCAGAUCCAGGAGAUUGUGGAUUGCAUGUACCCGGUGGAGUAUGGCAAAGACAGUUGCAUCAUCAAAGAAGGAGAUGUGGGGUCACUGGUGUAUGUCAUGGAAGAUGGUAAGGUUGAAGUUACAAAAGAAGGUGUGAAGCUGUGCACCAUGGGUCCAGGAAAAGUGUUCGGGGAGUUGGCUAUUCUUUACAACUGCACCCGGACAGCGACCGUCAAGACUCUUGUAAAUGUGAAGCUCUGGGCUAUUGAUCGACAAUGUUUUCAAACAAUAAUGAUGAGGACAGGACUCAUAAAGCAUACCGAGUAUAUGGAAUUUUUAAAAAGUGUUCCAACAUUCCAGAGCCUUCCUGAAGAGAUCCUCAGUAAGCUUGCUGACGUCCUUGAAGAGACCCACUAUGAAAAUGGGGAAUAUAUCAUCAGGCAAGGUGCAAGAGGGGACACGUUCUUUAUAAUCAGCAAAGGAAAGGUAAAUGUCACUCGUGAAGACUCACCAAGUGAAGACCCAAUCUUUCUUAGAACUUUAGGAAAAGGAGAUUGGUUUGGAGAGAAAGCCUUGCAGGGGGAAGAUGUGAGAACAGCAAACGUAAUUGCCGCAGAAGCUGUGACCUGCCUCGUGAUCGACAGAGAAUCUUUCAAGCAUUUGAUCGGAGGAUUGGAUGAUGUCUCUAAUAAAGCAUAUGAGGAUGCAGAAGCUAAAGCAAAAUAUGAAGCUGAAGCUGCUUUCUUCGCCAACCUGAAGCUGUCUGAUUUCAACAUCAUUGACACCCUUGGAGUCGGAGGUUUCGGACGAGUGGAACUGGUCCAGUUGAAAAGCGAAGAAUCCAAAACCUUUGCAAUGAAGAUUCUCAAGAAACGCCACAUUGUGGAUACAAGACAACAGGAGCACAUCCGCUCAGAGAAGCAGAUCAUGCAGGGGGCUCAUUCCGACUUCAUAGUGAGACUAUACAGAACAUUUAAGGACAGCAAAUAUUUGUAUAUGUUGAUGGAAGCUUGCCUAGGUGGAGAGCUCUGGACCAUUCUCAGGGAUAGAGGUUCAUUUGAAGAUUCUACAACCAGAUUUUACACAGCAUGUGUGGUAGAAGCGUUUGCCUAUCUGCAUUCCAAAGGAAUCAUUUACAGGGACCUCAAGCCAGAAAAUCUCAUCCUAGAUCACCGAGGUUACGCCAAACUGGUUGAUUUUGGCUUUGCAAAGAAAAUAGGAUUUGGAAAGAAAACGUGGACUUUUUGUGGGACUCCAGAGUAUGUGGCCCCAGAGAUCAUCCUGAACAAAGGCCAUGACAUUUCAGCCGACUACUGGUCCCUGGGAAUCCUAAUGUAUGAACUUCUGACUGGCAGCCCACCUUUCUCAGGGCCAGAUCCAAUGAAAACUUAUAACAUCAUAUUGAGAGGGAUUGACAUGAUAGAAUUUCCAAAGAAGAUUGCCAAAAAUGCUGCUAAUUUAAUUAAAAAACUAUGCAGGGACAAUCCAUCAGAAAGAUUAGGGAAUUUGAAAAAUGGAGUGAAAGAUAUUCAGAAGCACAAAUGGUUUGAGGGCUUUAACUGGGAAGGCUUAAGAAAAGGCACCUUGACACCUCCAAUAAUACCAAGUGUUGCAUCACCCACAGACACAAGCAAUUUUGACAGUUUCCCUGAGGACAAUGAUGAACCACCACCUGAUGACAACUCAGGAUGGGACAUAGACUUCUAAUGUAUUUCUCUUACCUGCUUCUGCCUUGCUGAAGACAGCUUUUUCUGAGACACAGCUGCCAGCAAACCUGAGGGAAAGAGAGAAGAUUAGUGCUCGGGGUCACCAUGAUGCCUUUGAUCGAUGCUGCUCCAGUAACUACAGUGGCAUUAGGACUUAUUGCUUAGAUGACAAUAGUGCUCUUUUUACAUGUUUUCUGUUUGAACCUAAAAAUAGCAGUUGACAUGGUGGUCCUGAAGCAAAGCCUUUCACCAGUAAAGAGAUGUUUUCUAUUGUUGCAAUGAUCUAGCUUCGCUCUGAAUAUAAUUUGAAAGACAGUAAGAAACACUUCAAUCUAGUAAGAGAGUCUAUACCUUGCUAGAAUGAUCAAAAAGAUCAAAAAAUAAUAUAUUGGGUACGAUAGAUUUCUAUGGUACAAAAACUGGGCUCUUCCCUUUCUUCAAGUGAGGGGUGGAGGAUCUGUUACCGCAGGCCGGUGUAUAUACCAUAUAAAAAGAGGACCACACAUCUGUUGGUCACUGAGUUCAUGUCAAACCAGUGUUCGAAGUUUCAUGAUUUCAUUUCCCAGCAGUGCUGAUGACAAGACUGAAUGUUACCUUUCCUUUCUGAGAGAUUUAAAAAAUUGAUAUGUUAAAAGCACAACUGCUAUGGAUUCUGCUGAGAAAUCCCAUAGCAGGUAUAUAUGCAUUUUCACAGAGGAUUGAAAAACACCCCCAACAUGCAUGAUAUUUGUUUGUUUCUUUUUGAUAAAUUGGCAUGACAGAGUGGAAAAAAGCGAUUCACAACCAUUUCAUAUUUUUAAAAAUAUUGUGCUUAAAGAUGGUCCUGGAAAUAAGUGACUAGCAGCCAAUUGGUUUUUAUUUAUUACCUAACACACCCUCAAAGUGAGGCUUAAAAUAUUCCCUUUUAUAGAAAUAAACCCUUGGGGUCAGGGUGGGGUGGGAUGGAGAGGGAUCAAGAUUCAUCCAAAAAUAAAAAUUAAAAACUAUAUAGGUGCUAUGUAUAUCUUUCAUCUGUAAAUGUCAGUGUCUGAACAGACAAGAAAAAUCUAAUCACCACAUGUGUAGCCAGAGACUCAAGCAUUUUCACUAAAUUUAUCAAACCAAACUCCUGUCAAAUUUCACAUAUACGACAUAGCCUAGAGUUGAGAGAGGAAGGUGAUUAAAAACCUGUUUGAACUAGCUUCUUGUCUUAGGCCUGAACCAAAAAAAGAAAAAAAAAGAAAAGAAAAAAAGAAA